GUUGUCAGUAGUCACGUUCUGAAUAAUCGCGCUACAGUUGCAGAUGGAGCUGUUUUCCUGUUGUUGGGGCCCGGUUUCUAUAUACAUAGCAAUAAUCAGUCAUGGAUAAGAUAAUUACAGGUUUGUUGGCCAGUGGCCAUCCUGAAAGCACGAAGUUAAUACUUCUGAAGAAGUUGCGGGAUCAUAUUAGUGAACUUGAUGAAACGGAUUUUCUUAAAGAUGUUAUUUUCACUUGUAUUCAAGAUAUGUACAGUAAAAAUGAUUACUCUCAGUUAUAUAUAAGUGUAGUUUGUGAUCUCUUAAAUUCUAUUGAGUCCCGUUUAUCAGAUGAUUCUACAAUUCAUCUUUCUCAGCUGAUCACAAGUUCCUUCACCCCACUUGUUUUAAAUUCAUUUCCAGAAGCUUUGUCUAUAUUCAUAAAAAAAGUUCUUAAGCGCCACUCAGUAAUAUUUCUCCAGUCGUCCUUGGAAAAUCCAGGAUGUUUGGGUACUCUAUCUUCUGAGCUUCAAUUUAUUUUGGAUCACAAUCUUUUGAACGACAACAAGCAGUUGUACUUUCUUAUUCAGCAUAACCUUGUCAAGUCAUUACAUAAGUCAAAUUGUUAUGAUCUCCGUGAUGAUAUGUACUUGAGCUUUGUAUCUAAUAUUUUUCAAGUUUUAGUAACUUUAUCUUCCCAGUUUCCGUCUGGAAAAUUUCCAUUCUAUUCAUUUGAUAUUGAACUUGUUGAGUCCAUCGCACGAUCAGUAAUCACGUUUGUUACAGAGCCAAAAAUUAUCAGUUAUCAGUUCAACACAUGUAUACUGACUGAACAUGUAACUUCUUUGGUUCAGGAUGUUUUAGUUAGUUCCAGUUAUGAUUGCCAUUACAUUUCUGUAGCUUCCAUGCUGUCCGAACUUCAGAAGUUUUGCUCAGAUGAUUCAUUGUUGGAAACUAUUUGUAAAUUUAUCGAUCAACUUAGUCAACGUCAUAUCACCAACAUUGAGACAUGUUUUACGGUAUUGCGUCGUCUAACUUUGUGGCUCACUUGGUCUGAACUAGCUACAUAUCGGUCUUCUCUAGACCUCUGGCUUAUUGGAUUUCAGUGUGAGAUGUUCAGAAGGUUUCCUCCUACUGGGUCACAGUCUUUAACCAACUGUUGGUCAGAUUUCAUGUGUUGGCAAUUUAAAUUUGUCUUAGAACUCAUGGGUCGUUUGUCGCUUCCACAUGAGUCAACUGUAUAUGCUUUGGCCUUUUUCAUUCUCACUGGCGAUGACAAGCAUGAUCAAUAUGCUGAUGAUAUAGUCUCACAUCUAGCACCUGUUUUGAACAAACUGCUUAAUAUGUAUGUUGACAACCCAUCAAAUGAAGGAUGCAAAGAUAUUCUGCUCAAAAUGUACACAAUUUCACGCUUACUUGGUCCACUAGUUAUUUCUACUGAUAAUGAGUUAUCAAGAACAUGUACACAAAAGAAGAAGCACCUGGUUACUUUGCUAGGCAAAUUUCAUAGUCAGUUCAACGACGAAAACAGUCCUGAGAUUUGGAGUACGCGAACAAAAAUAUAUAAAUUGGAGUUUCUAACAAAGUUUGGGCCUCAAGCUGGAAUUCGUAUUCGAAAAAUAUGGGAGCGUUGGAAUUUAACUUCAACAAUCCGACUAAUUAGUAUACAUCCAACAACUUUGAAAACAAAUCGUUCAGUUGCUGGCUAUAAAGGCAUAUUAAACGUUGGCAAUACAUGUUAUGCAAAUGCAGCUCUGCAAUUACUUUAUCACUGCUCCGAGUUUCGUCGGGCCUUAUUUGGAUUUCACAAAGCUUAUUCAUCGGCUGGCACAGUUAUGGCAUCUUGCACCCCGUUUUCAACCAAAAUUGACUUGGUUUUGCCAAGCCAAAAUUCAAACCCAUCGAAUAAUCUCAGUUUAUCAGUCUCAAAUUUGCAUGAAAAUGCAUGCUCGUCAGAUAAUGUGACGUCGUCAGUUGAACAUCAGGGUGUUUUACAUGCUCAUCUGUUUUCGCUUUUCCAGUCACUUGAUACACAUCAACUUCCAAAUGUCCGUGACAUACGAGCUGUACUUACACUUACUAAACCGGCACAUUUUGUACCUGGUGAACAACAAGAUGCAGCUGAAUAUUUAAACUACUUAUUGGAUCGAUUACAUGAAGAAGAGUUACAUUGUAAAAAACAACAAAGUCUCUCUCUCGAUUCAUAUUGCAAUUCAUCAACUUUUACGGCUGAUCAAUAUAUUCAAUCUACAAUGGACGCGAAUUUCAAACCGAAACCGUCUUGUUCUUACAAUACAAAUAAGCAGUCCUGUUCAGCUGACUCUAUACAGAACCUUGGUGAAAACACUUUAAAUAACGACUCUGGCUCAUCAUCAUCGUCGGUAGUUGCGCGUCUUUUUGGAGGUACUAUGUUAAGGCACACUUCUUGUGUAGAGUGUCAACAUGUCUCCAGUUCUAGACAGGAACAAUUUAUUUGUCUAUACGUUCCACUAACUAAACCACGGGAAUUGCUGUAUCAAGACCAGGCACCUAGUGAAAACCCAAGUUUUGUUACCAAGAUUCCUGAAGUAAGUCUGUGCCUACCGUUUUUACAUUUCACUGUAAUUAUUGUCAGAAAUUUGCUCAGUGAGCUUUAAAACGUAAGAGAACUAAAUGUCGCUCCCAUGGGAUAGCGGUUUAUACUAUCCGCCUUUAUCCAUUGGAUAACAGGUUUCAAGCAACAGUCCAUUUACUUAGGUUUACGGGUGGUGUUAAAGGAGAAUUUCUAGCCUUUUCACAACAGAUAGCAGCUCAGAUCUUAUUGCAGAAUUUCGAUCGUUCUUACUAAGUUACAUCAGCGUUGUGUCCAAGGUUUUAUGUAUGGAAUCUUGUCAACUGUUGUAAAUCAUUGACUGAGUAAUGCGUGAAAUGUCAAAAUCAAAACAAUGGAAUUCGUCUCGAAAACAGUACUAUUAGGGAAAACCAUGUGACCUGUAAAGAUUUAUUACAGACAUGCAGUCGUGAGAUGUCCGGACUUCCGUUAAACUGUUAGAGAAUUCCAAGUAAGAAGUCAUUCUAUGAUUCAUGUCGCAUCACAAUUCUGUGUCGAACUUUUACUAACAACAAAUUGAGGAAGUUUACCUUCAAAGUUGGCAUGAUAUUCCCAUCAAAAAAGCUCCCAAGUGGCAGCAAAUGUGCCAGUUAUUACAAAAGGAGGUAGAAAUAGUAUCUAGAGUAUAAACUAGUUAAAACAUCGAAACAAUAUCAUAAGUUGAGUGUCCUAGAGAAGUAUGUGGAAUAGAAGUUUAAAGUUUGGCUAGCCGAUAUAAACUACUGAAUAUGAUUAGGUAGUAUAGUGUGUCGCAUCAAAAAGACAUAACUUCCAUUAUUCUGUCACCUUUUGUAUAAUAGCACCCAGAAAAUGUCGUGGUACAAAAUACUACUACUAUAAUUGUCCCGACGAACCCAUCAGGUUGAAAUUUUUCAUAUGAAGAAGUAAACAGUAGUCAAAAGAGCUGUUGAGUUUACUGCAACUUUUUUCAUCAAACGAAACAGUUUUCGUUUUUAAACUAUGGACUUUGAAAGCUUGAAGCAUUAUAUUAAUAUUUUUUAUAAUUUUAUGUUGGUAUCAUUUCAGUCGCUAGCCGGGGCUAUUUAAUUGUGAUAUUUUCAUUGUCCUUUUGGGUAACAUCAACAAAAACUUCAGAUAGAAAAGAAAGUCAGUCAUAUUAAAUGUGCAGACAAUAAAAUACGUCAAUCAUGUGUUGAUGAAUUCGAAUACCUCACUCCUGUCUGAGUUCUAUACUGAUUACGUUGUUAAGAAUAACAAUGUAAGCUUCAGGACCAAACUAACCAGCAUAGCUAUAAAUCCCCACCAUGACGUCAAGUGUUACGGCUGUGAACUGAUGUCUCAUAAGCCUGGUAGUAGAUGAAGCACUCAGCCAUUAACCCGUGUUUAAAGUUUACUUAUCGCUUGACCUUAUUUGGCGUGAACGUCCGAGUAGUACCAUCAUACGAAUGAAGUAAAGUUCGAAAUGAAGCACACAAAUUUGUAUAUUAUAAAUGAGUUCUUCAAAAAGAUCUGAUAGACUCCAAGCAAAAACCUGAAUCAAUUAACCUUUUUAUAGACAUCUGUUUGAUAGAUCUUUUUAUUAACUGUAAAGACUAACUACGUUGCAAAAUUGGGCUUUAAUUUAUUGACGAAUCAAUCAAAUUCACGGUAAGAACUCUUGGAUUUUUACUCCGAAUCCGUUCAUCCAUAUAACUAGUUAUUCUCAGUUCGUGAUGAAAACGCACACUCCAAUUUCUAAGCCUAACUUGUAACUGAAACACCUGAAACUAAUCCCUCACACUAAUUCAUAAUCCUUGUUUGAAUGUAGUAAGUGUUUGGCCUUUCUUACGGUCACUUUACUGUUGCCCAUAAAUUAUAGUCUCACUUCUGGCUGCGCGAAAAAAGUACAACUCCUUUGACUGAUAUUUUUGAUGAUAUCAUUUUAAAUGUGUUGUGAAAGGUAAUUUUGAGGCUUCACUGAACGAUGCAGUUUUCACUGUGAUCAUCUAUAGGAUGUUCCUACAAUUUUCUCAUCCUCUUUGUUCAUCUUCCAUAUUUCCAUCUUGCCUACUACCAUUGAUCAUAUCACUACUUCUACUUCCCUGUAAUUUGGCCUGGUGAUUUCAUCUCGCUAUGAUAACAUGAUGUAACAAAUUGGACCCAUACAUAUAUGGGCUAAAUUCUAUUUUGCGAAUAACUAAUGUUCAUAAGACAACUGUUAUCGAACGAUAGCAUAAUUGGACAAACUUAACGUACUUAUUAACAAGAUGGUACAUAAAAGGGUAAGUAUUGUCCACUGUCACUUAAAAACGCAAGUGAUUGAGAAUUUAGAGUUUUGUAGAUCAUUAACACUCCAAUUUUAUCCAGACCUGACUAUGAAAUUUAAUUCGUUCCUAUCAUAUUGAAUUAUCUUUACUUCAACUUACAUCCUAUAUUCUUACCGAAUAAGACAGUAACCUUUUAUUUGUUUUCUGGUUCGAUCACUUUUUGUUGUUGACAGUGAUAGUAUUAUGAAACACUACUGCUAAAUGGUAUUUGUCUUGGUCUUUUUUUUACGAAACUAAAUUAUUCAAUUGUUUUAUUUAGUCUAACAUCAAGGACGCAUACUUUACGUGCUUUUUUAUUGAUCAUUACAGUCCAAUGAUUCGGAACUAGUGGAAGACGAAAUUACCGAGCCUGGAACGGAUUUGUCUACUCUAAUACAAACACAUUUUACUCGAAUUGAACAUGUUGCUUCAUCAACAAAAUGUGAAUCAUGUGGUAAACACACGGUUCAAGCUAGAUCCUUAAAAUUACAACAGCUUUCAUCACACGUGUUGAUUUGUCUAAAUGUUUUUAAAUAUUCUCGACUUAAUCAAACAUGUUCAAAAAUUAUGCAUCGUGUCCAUAUACCAGAACGCUUAUCAGUUACGGUAUCAUCUUCAAACACAGAAACCUAUACAUACAAUGAUAUUUCUGCAACAAAUGAUUCUGCUAAAUCUAAAUUCACUUCCAGAACUUAUAGUCUACAAGCAAUGAUUUUGCAUAGUGGCUUAUCGGUUAGUUGUGGUCACUACACUUGUGUAGCUAAAGUUGGUAUGCAGUGGAUAUUGUUUGAUGAUGAUAAUGCUGACUAUACAACAUUAGAAGAUAUUUACUCUGAAUCUUUAAACACGCCUUAUCUCUUACUGUACAGUCAAACUUAGACAUAUAGUUCACAUAUCUAUUCCUGUCAUUCAUUUUUAUCUUCAGUUCAGAAUGAAUAUGUACUUCAUUACGUUUUUAAAGAUUUCUCUAGCAAUUUUUUGUUACUGAACGCUUUAAUUCCACAUGUAACUGUAGAUUUUGUUUUUUAAAAUUCAUCUAGUUAUUCAGAAAAUCAAAUGAU